AUGGACUCUGGUCUCUGCAACGUGCCACCUGAUGAUGAGAAGAUGAAAGCUCCAAGGAGAAAUCGUCAUCUCAGCAUCAUGAUUCAAUUAGCUGAGGAAAUCAAAGACUUUUUGCUCACGGCCAAGCGAAAGGACACCAAAUCUGUCAAGAUCAAGAAAAAUAAGGAUAAUGUGAAGUUUAAAGUUCGGUACAGCAGAUACCUUUACACCUUGGUCAUCAUGGACAAGGAGAAGGCAGAGAAACUGAAGCAGUCCCUGCCCCCAGGUUUGGCAGUGAAGGAGCUGAAGUGAAUCUGGCCCACUGAUUUGAACUGUAUUAAAGUUUUAAAAAUUUAAAAUAAAUAAAUAAAUAAAUAAAUAAAUUCAAUUAGCCAACAUAUAGUACAUCAUUAAUUUUUGGUUUAGUAUUCAAUGAUUCAUUAGUUGUAUAUAACACCUAGUGCUCAUCAUAUCACAUGACCUCCUUAAUACCCAUCACCCAGUUACCCCACCCCCCCACCCACUUCCCUUUCCGCAGACUUUAGUUUGUUUCCCAGAGUCAAGAGUCUCUCAUGGUUUGGCUUCCUCUCUGAUUU